AGCUGCAUAGACUAUACAAUAUAUACUGAUCAGCUGUCUGUGUUUUCUAACCUCUUAAUCUAUGAGAAUAUUUUAUAUUUACACGGCUUCAUCAUAAAAUGGUUUAUAUUGUAAAAACUCCUGUUAUAAAAGUUUAAACUGUUUAAGAGCAAUAUUGGCGGAAGUAUUUGUACAAGAAAACAAUGUCACUUGCAAGAAUUUUAUUCUCUAGACGGCUAUUUACAGCUGAUAACUUCUACAUACUUCGUAAGUUUAGUUCGCAAAAUGCUUUGAAUUUGUCUGAACCUGCCGUUCAAGGGUACUUGAAACAAUUAAUGUUCGAACAUGAACACCUAUGCCUUAAUAUGAAAAGGAGUGCUGAAGAAAACAGGCGCUUGUUUCAAAUAAAACCAAUCGUAAAUGUAUUGGAGCAACGAGUUACACUAUACGACAACAUUGAGACGCUUAAAGAACUCAAUAAAAAACCACAUCACGAUGACGAAAUGAAAAAGAUGAUAAAAGAAGAAGCUGAAAUAUAUUUGAAGCGUAUUACGGAAGUAGACAUGGAGUUACAAUCAGCGCUGCUCGAGCCUCACCUCUCAGAGGGCGGCGUGCUGCUCGAGGUGACGGCGGGUGCCGGCGGGCAGGAGGCCAUGCUAUUCGCGCGCGAGUUGUUCGACAUGUACGAAUUAUAUGCCAAGUACAAGAACUGGCAAGUUUGCCUUGUCUCUCUUGAGAAGUCAGAUAUUGGUGGCAUUAGAAAGGCUUCAAUGUUUAUUGAUGGUGUUGGAGUGCCAGAACUUAUGAAGAUGGAGGCAGGUGUGCACCGUGUACAGAGAAUUCCUGCUACUGAGAAGGGUGGGCGCAUACAUACAAGUACAGUGUCUGUUGCAGUGUUACCGAAGCCUACUGAUAUUGAAUGUGACAUCUCGGAUCGUGACCUGGUCAUUGAAACUAAAAGAGCGAGUGGUGCUGGCGGUCAGCAUGUCAACACUACCGACAGUGCUGUCCGCAUUACUCAUACCCCGACAGGAACAGUGGUGGAAUGUCAGGAAGGUAGAUCACAAAUUAAAAACAAAGAGAUUGCUUUACAAAAGUUGAGGACACUAUUAUUAGAGAAACAACAACAAGAACAACAAUCUAAAAUCAAUAGUGAAAGGAAAUCACAGGUUGGUUCAAGUAAUAGAAAUGAGAAAAUAAGAACAUACAACUAUCCACAAGACAGAGUGACAGAGCAUCGGGAGGGAGGUGGCACAGUUCACAAUCUGAAAGGAUUCAUGGAGGGGGAUGGCCAACUGGAAGAGUUGCAGUACAGCCUCCUCAGAGCACAGAAACAUCAGACACUCUUAGAAGAAAUCAACCGCUAUGCUAAAUACACAAAUAUGAAGACAGUUGAUAAUAACUAAAAACAAGUAAGACAGUACUAAAUAUUCUUUAUGUAUUUGUUAGUAUAGUGACAAUUACCAUUAAUGAAAAUGUAAAUUUUGUUAAACAAAAGUAUAUCUGAUUAAAUUAUUACAGAAAUGGAAUGAA